UUGUUUAUUUCUUGGUGAUACAAAAUGAGAAGAGAGUGGAGGUAUUUAUAGCCUCCAAAGUACAAAAUAUCUUACAUAUUUUAAUCUUAAAUCUAGAGAAUUCUACUUAAAAAUCUAGAUUAUUUUAUCUUAAUUAUCUAGAUAAUUCUAUAAGAAUAUCUAGAUUUUUAUUUUAAGGAGGUGGAUGAUUUUUCUAGAAUUUGGGCUAAGUUUUGGAUCAACACAUGAUUAACCCAAUAAUGUUUGAUCCAAAUCAAGUUUAUUUUUCAACAAUAUACACCAAAUCUAUCUCAAGAAAUAACAUAAAGAAUUUGAGUUGAGAGAGAGAGAGAGGGUAGCAAAAUGAGUUUCUCUAGAUUGUUGGUAACGCUUUCUCUCAUGAUGAUGAUGUCCAUUUCUAAUGAACCAUUCGCAUUAGCUCACAAAGAAGAGUACAAGAUAUAUGGCUUUCCUUACUCCGCCAGCACUUGGCGCGUCUUGGCUGUUCUACAUGAGAAAGGCCUCUCUUACUAUCCCAUCACCGUUAACUUGAGAACCGGUGAGCAGAAGAAGCCAAGUUUUCUCUCUAUUAAUCCAUUUGGUCAAGUCCCAGUUUUACUAGACGGACAUCUAAAGUUAACUGAAUCCCGAGCCAUAUCACUAUACAUCGAGAAUACUCAUAGAUCAAGAGGCUCAAAACUCCUGAAUCACAAAAACUACAAGAAAAUGGGAAUAGAAACAAUGUGGAUGUAUAUCGAAUCUUUUGAGUUCGAUCCACCCGCAACGACACUCACUUUCGAGCAAGCCAUCAAGCCUAUGACAGGUCUAAAGACGGACUAUAAAGUUGUAAAUGAAACCGAGCCGCAGCUAGAGAAGGUUCUAGAUAUCUACGAAGAACGACUGAAAAUUUCGAGGUUCUUGGCUGGUAACAGAUUCACAUUAGCUGAUCUUUUUCAUCUUCCUAAUAUAGAGUACCUUAUGAACACAACUACAAAGAGACUGUUCGAGAACCGGCCUAACGUACACAGGUGGGUGGCUAAGAUUAUGGCUAGACCGGCUUGGAGGAAAGCUUGUGACGCCAACGCCUGGUACAAUGAGAUGGAGAAUUAAUGAGAACUAAUAACUUUGUAUGCAAGUGCGUGUGUUAUGAGCUUAUAAGAAGUUUAAUAUAUGAAUAAAUGGUAAAACUUAUUUAAGUAAAUAAGGUUAAACUGAUCUUGAUAGUGAUUAGAUCCAAUGUGUAAGUAACCAACCAUGCGUUUACCUUUCAGUCUAUCAAAAGAAAUAUUCGGUUAGACGGAGGAACUCAACAAUACACGUGAACCCAACUAUACCGGUCAAACUUUGACGAGUAGAUAAAAGAGUAUUAUAGUAGUGGUCGUUAUCAACCCCCGGUGGUUGAUAAUUUCUCUGAUUAUAAUGUUUUAUAUUAACUUUAUUAUUUUGACAAAAAAAAAAACCAUUAACUUAAUCCUAUAAAGUCUUGUACCAAUAGAAACAAAGAAUCAUAUACAUUAAUCAAACUUAUUCAAGUUUGGUGCCGCCGGUUUGGUUUUUGUUUAUUCACCAAGUACUCCGUUUUAGUUGUAUAAAUACACUCUACGUAUUUAUUUCAUCAACCUCAAAGAUCUCUCAACUUUUAAAUACAAAAAAAAAAUACAAGAGAAAUA